AUGGUGAUAGCUGCACUUUUCCUCUUCACUUUUCUCGAAUCGUCAUUUGCGGCUUCGGUUAGUUUUCAGUUUCAUGAAACAUCAUAAUAAACUUGGUCGGAACUGAGAUUAUUGAUAAAAUCUCAAAGUUUUGUACUAGAAAAAGUUAUAGAUCGCAUUUUGAGCUUCUUGGAGAUUUCCCGGAAGUUUAUUGUGGCUUCCUUGCUGCCUUUUUUGUCUAAUUGAAAAAUCGGCCAAGAGCAGAAUUCUUUUAUAUGAUAGUAUUAAAUCAACGCUUUUUUUUUCUUUAAAAUUUAAACGAGGAAUGAAGAAGACAAAGUUUUGAAAAUUUUCUCCAAAAUGUUCUAAAAACUGUUCAAAAUCCUUUCCAUUGACCUAGAUGGUGGAAAUGACCUGAAAACUGUUCAUCUUCAGGCUGAAAAUUCAAAGGAACUUUUUUUGGUAAAAAAUUAUUUUUAUUUUGUUUUAGAUAAGCUUCACGUUCCGAGUAAAUCCACUUUCUCCAGAAUUUUGACUAGCCUCAAACUCUCGCCCUGCUGGAUUAUAAGCUGAAAGAAGAGUUUUUUUGUUCAGCCUUCUGGUAUCACCGUCUCAGUGCUCCGGUACAGCGGUUUGAAGUAUACCGAGAUUGAAAACCUCGAGUCACUCUACUACAAUUUCGAGUGAGGUUUCUCUUUCUUUCUCCUCAGGUUUACUUUUCAGAUUUUGCUUAUGCUCAGUGAAAUUCGAUAAACGCUCCUUGCCAAUACGAUCCAAAGAAUGCGAGUGUUCCCAACAGAAAAGGUAAUAAAGCCUUUGAGAUAACUUUCAAACAUUUUUGAAGAGGGAAAAGCGUGGUCCAAUCAAUUCCCAGCGCUUUGUACCCUUCUUCAUGCCUCAUCCAGGACGAUUCGAACAAAUGUCUCAACAUUGGUUUUUCCUCGAAGGUGACAGAGAUCGACUGUGAUCAUUGAACCAACUUCAAUUUUCAUCCUACAGCCUCCCGGAAAGAGAGUUUUUGUGAAAGUUUUGGUCGGCCGCAGCGUCUACACUGUUCCAACAUGGCAAGAAAUCACCUACACCAAACGGAAAUCGGCAGUGACAUUGACUUCGGCUGGAACCGAUCUCAAGUUGGUUCUUCAAUGUUUUCAACUCAGACAUCUGAUUUUUCAGGUUGACAUAUUCUGUUGUUGAAACUACAGAAAGAGAUUUUGGUUCCAGGGCGGCGAAAUCGAAAUCUUUGCAAGAACUGUUUUUAGAACAACUACCGUUUUUCAAAUUCCAUGGAUCCAUAAUCAAAAAAGCGUUGAAAGAAAUGAGCAACAGCGGCUCCAAAGACGAAAAUUGGGCUCCCACCUCUAAACCGGAUUCUACCAAACAUUCGUUCAACGACAUUCGUGAAGUUUUGCCAUUAAAAUCAGUGAGUUCUCUUUUUCGUAAUGCACUCUGUGUUGAUACAACCGAGGAGAAGAAGGGAAAGUGUGAAACAUGUAAACUAGACGAGUAGCCCCUGCAAACCACAAUCAAUCAUGGUGGCCGUUACACAUUUUUUGUGUCUUCCUGUCAGAAAGACUACAUGUUGAACCAAUAAAGCCAUUUUUCAGGUUGAUCAAGUACGCCGCUUUAUUGUCGACAGGAGUCGAGUAGACCGAAGUGAACCUAUGAGUUUCGAUGUUGCUUCUUUGAGAAACCAUGUGAGUUUUCAGAAAUAAGCUGGUAUUGAGGAUUUCUCUCAAAGUUGAGGAAAACACUGAUUUUCUCAGCACGCUUUCUCCUUUGAUAAAAAGUUUCGAACUUUCUCAAACGCUACGAAAUCAUUAGUUUGGUCUCCGAAAAUAGGCGUUUGACUGUUUAUCGAUGAUUGAAGACCGUAACACAAUUUUAUCACUUUCUAAUUACCGUCUAAGUUGAACUAAAUGUGUAAUCGAGCGAAGGGAUGUUCUGACCAAAAAACUUUUCCAAUCAGAACUUCGCAGUCUCUUGAACAAUAGUUUUAUUUUGGCCUUUUAUCUUGGAAAUGCAUGUGUUCAUGAGGAAAUGGCAAAGAAUAAAAAAAGAAGCUCACUAGAACGUAAAAGAAUAACCCUUCAAAACACUCAGGAGACGUUGAUAAUAAAGUGCUUUUCAGAUUUUAAACUUUCACAAUUUGUACCGAGACAAGCACGACGCUCCAGCUCUCACUUAUGACAGUGGCUUGGAACGUGCUGCUCAACGUUGGGCUGAAAACUUGGGGAACCAAAAAAAUUGCUUGGUUCAUGAGAAGCCCAGAGUGUCAGUUUUAUUAAUAAUAUCUUCCAUUUUCUGUAUUAAAACUGUUCUGAACAUUUUUGCCCGAAUUGAUACGUCAAAUGGAAUGGCUCAAAACGUUGCACUGCAUUUCUAAGUAUAAAAAUAAUCAAACUGUUUCAACUCUGGUUACUGAAUAUCAAACGAUUUUUUUCAGUGGUUCUGUAGGAAGAAGUCGCACGUAAGUAGUUUCUUCCUAGUUAGAGUUCGAGGCUUAUAUAGUGUUUUUAAGACGUUUUAAGCCAUAUUUUUCGAUAUCAACUUUUUUCAAAAAUUUUCCCGAAUGUCUUCAAGUUAGUUUAUAAUAUGAAAAACGAAAAGAUUUUGAACAUGAUCAAGUCCUUGACGCUCCUGCUUUUCAGGUACGGCGAGAAUCUAUUUUUCUUUGGCGCAAGAUUUUUUGCUAGUCCAGAAACGAUGGCGAAAGCAAUCACUCAAAGUUUUUAUCUGGAAGGAAAUGGCUACAAUUACAACAGGUAUUUUUGAAGGUGUCUUCAGAAAAUUAUCAAGUCUCAAUAAAAAACGGUUCGCCGAAUGAUUUUUUCAAAAAAAAAAAUUUUUUUUUCACUGUUUUUUUCUGUCGAGUUCAAACCAUCGCGCAGACUUUUUGAGGUUGAAAGAUUUUUCACGAAAGUAUUCAAGUAAAUUUAUGAUGCUUUCUGAGCGCAAAAUAAAACUUGUAAACGAGAGGAUAGUGUAUCAUUUUUGACGCUCCAUUAAUUGACUGUAAAGCAUAGAUUGAAAUUUUUCAUGAUGACGAAAUUGUAAUCCACUUUCACGAAAUUUAAUCGAGCUCUCCGACUGCUAAAAUACUAUUUUGUUGGUUUUCAAUAUCGUAAAAUAUAAAAGUUACAGUUGGAUUCCGUUCAAUUACUUCAAAACGGGCCACUUCACUCAACUCAUCUGGCAGAAGACGAGGAGAAUUGGAGUCGGCGUGGCGAUCCGACCAGGAAGUUCUAAACGGACAGCCUGUAUGCCGGCGAGCAAAAGAAGUUUUUUGAUCUACGUCGUCGUCAAAUACGACCCGGCAGGCAAUUUCCAAACCUCCCACGAGUACAAAACCAAUGUGCGACCACCAAUUCGAUAA